GACUCGUUCUCACUGAGCUCCGUCCCAUGGGGUUCGUUGGGGAACCUUGUUUAUAGCAUUAUAACGGUACCGAAGGCGUCUGCACCGGUACAGACACAAGAGGCCGAACGGUCAUUCCUUACCGAGUCCAGAAAUGUCGUAACCAAUUUAACUUGCACGAUGACACUAUCGCAUCCUGUGCAGUCUGCCUCGUGCAAUCCUGCGGGAACAACAAUUACAAAAUAUAACUUGCUCAGUUCGAACAGCUUUUGAUUCUCCCUAUCCCUACCUCGUCCAACCUUACCGGGUCUCCGAGUCUUCCGAGUAAAGUUCUCGAAAAGUCAUUUUGCUCAGGGCUCACGAGCGCUCAGCUUUUCCAUGCAGGGAGGAUUUCUAACUGAAGAUGACCUGGAGAAGUACCUCGCAUCCGGAGAGUAUCCAGGGACAAUGCAGCCUUCCUUCAGUUACGAUCGGCAACAGUCCCACUUCACCACGCUCGGUGUGGGAGGACCAUCUCUCACAAAUCGAUGCUCUUGGAGUGGACCUCCCUCGUAUGAUCAAUGGGUCCACCCGCGGAUGCCCGAGAUUCAGCAACUACCAUCAGGAUCCAGACCGAAUCCUUCAUGUUGCACCACAAUCUUUGGUCCAGAUCCAAUGUCAGAAGCGAACUUGUGGACGCGGAUGGUAUCACGCCCGUCAUUGAGACGCUCUCAGCGACCCAGGAACUACAACAUGCAGCAAGACGUUCUUAACACCGUGCGACUUGAUGACUCGUUGAGUUCAGAGAGCAUGACAGUGGUGGAUAUGCCGAAUUCUGUGUUGAAGCCAGCAUCAUACACUGGAAAUAAACCGCCAGAGUCUGUCCAAUCUGACUCCAAAUCCGAUGGAAAGGGUAAAGGGAUCGAGAAGCAAUCAUCCUCCCAUACUUGCUUCCUACCGAAGUUGCGCCUGAACACAGCAUGGAAUCGACUACGCCGUUGGACGACUACUACACUCAGGGAUAUGAAGAGUCGAACCGCGCGUUUAUCGUUAGCUGCUCGACCGAUCAGGUGGGUGAACCAACACGCUGCGGCACAGUGGAUUAAAUUUUGUGUUCUCAGUCUAGCCGGUCGUUCAGAUCAACAUGACAUCUGGAGAUACCCUGAGGAAAAGGACAUGUUAGAGGACAAACGAAUCGACCGAUGUUAAUCAUAUGACGACAUAACGAACGCUUCUCAUGUCAGCGCCUGUGGACAUCUUGCAUCUUUGGAGAAAUGGACUCUUACUCUCAUCACGAACAAAUGUAUGACAAUGGAUUUAGUAGCGAUAUAACACUGUAACUAUACUCGUGGACAUACGAGACUAGAGCAACGUAUGUGACUCUCUCAGUAUAUGAUAAAACGUUUCCUAGUACAGCGAAUGGAAUGACAGUCAUGGCCCACUCUGCGGAGACGACAUAACA